AUGUCCAUGGCUCAAGCCGUCCUGAUCAUUGCCUUGCAGUCGGCCAUAGCCAGCCAGAACACUAGCCAAGCUGGCGUGCUGCCUGAAACAGCGUCGACCUCUUUCGGAAACGAUGGUAUUGUCGACAAUAUCGCCUCAGCAUAUGACCGCAUCGAACACGCCCGCGACCGCCUAAAUCGAAUAAAGUGGGAGAACGUUGCCUUUAUCGGUUUCCAAGUCUGGUUCUGCGCAAUGGUCUUUGAUGCUACUGUAUAUCAAAACGCACCCGAAGUCAUCGCUCUCGCCGUUCUAAACGUGAUCUGCUCGAUCUUGGGCGGUCUCGAAGUCAUGGACGGUAAACGCUGGCUCAGCCGGAUCGAACAAAUCAAUUCAGACUACAACCUCGACAUAAGCGUAUCGUUUAUCCGGAUCGCCACCUACCUAGAGAUCGCGCUGACAGUGCUUCUUGUUCUGUUCGCCCUUUCAUUUCUGUACGUGUCCUACAUGGUCGUACGAGAGUUUGGCUGGGUGAUCUAUAAAAAGAUCGGUCCGGAUGUAGGCGUACAAAGAAUGUACCGUAUCUUUCAGUUCUUUGUCCUGGCGCUUAAAAUCGAUAUUUUCAUUGAAUUCCUGGUGUCCUGCUUUUACUUUAUCCAAUUUGCUAUUGAAAGCGGCUUUGAUUGGGAUACGUGGAUCCAGCUGGUUGUCACCGUCUUGAUCUUGCCGAUGCUGUACUUUGGACGAAUGACGGUUGCAUCAGAAAGCUACGGACGGAUGAUCGUCUUUAUUGCGUUCCAGUUUGUCGUCGUCUUUGAGUUUAUUCUGAUGCUUCGUCAAACACUGGAGCCAGGCAAUUUGUGGUACACUUGGAUCUGCUUUGUCGUUAUCGGUAUGGUGUUUGCCUUGGCAACGGCUGUGCUGGGCGCGUGGACAAUGCAUAAUUUUGGAAAGGGUCUUGCGCCAUACGUCCAAAGAGGUGACAAAAAGAAAGAACAUCCCACGAGACAUGAGCUGCGGGAGCAGAGCUCUCUCAACUCUUGGCGGAUUGAUGACGAUUGA